AUGGCCAGUCUAGUCGCCAUAUUGGACGUCAAGGGCAAGUCCCUCAUUCAACGGUCAUAUCGAGACGAUGUUUCCCCUUCCUGUAUCGAGCGAUUCUUGCCCCUUGUAUUAGACAUGGAAGAGGACAAUGUCCAAGUAACACCUUGCUUUUCGGAUGAAGGUAUAAACUACAUGCAUAUAAGGCAUAACAAUCUCUACUUCCUCGCUCUUUCAAAACGUAAUUCCAACGCAGCAGAAACCAUCUUCUUCUUACAUAGAUUGUGUGGUGUCCUGAAGGAAUACUUCAAAGAGCUGGAAGAAGAAUCUAUUCGGGAUAAUUUCGUGAUCAUAUAUGAAUUAUUGGAUGAAGUGAUGGAUUUUGGUUUCCCUCAAACUACUGAGAGUAAGAUAUUGCAAGAAUACAUAACGCAAGAAUCACAUAAACUUGAGGUUCAAGCCAGACCUCCUAUGGCUGUCACUAACGCUGUCUCUUGGCGAAGUGAGGGAAUAAGAUAUAGGAAGAAUGAAGUAUUUUUGGAUGUGGUGGAGAGUGUGAACCUAUUGGUCAACGCCUCCGGCAAUGUCGUUCGGUCAGAGAUCCUUGGUGCCGUCAAGCUGAAAUGCUACUUGUCUGGUAUGCCUGAACUGAGAUUAGGACUAAAUGACAAAGUGAUGUUUGAGUCGACGGGAAGAGCUGCGCGAGGUAAAGCAGUAGAAAUGGAAGAUGUCAAAUUCCAUCAGUGUGUACGACUAUCUCGAUUCGAGAAUGAUAGAACGAUCUCCUUCAUCCCUCCAGACGGAGAAUUCGAACUCAUGUCAUACCGCCUGUCAACAUCCGUCAAACCAUUAGUAUUCGUGGAAGCCAAAGUUGAAAGUCACAGAGGAUCAAGAGUCGAAUACGUAGUUAAAGUCAAAGGUCAAUUCAAGCGCAAGAGUACGGCUAACAACGUUGAAAUCUACGUUCCCGUGCCGGAUGAUGCGGAUAGUCCGAAAUUCAGAGCAUCUGUGGGAUCAGUAGUAUAUGCUCCUGAGAAAUCAGCGUUUGUAUGGAAGAUCAAGCAGCUUGGUGGUGGAAGAGAUUAUUUGAUGAGAGCACAUUUCGGUUUACCCAGUGUUCGUAAUGAGGAACUGGAUAAGCGUGCACCAAUAUCCGUCAAAUUCGAGAUUCCGUACUUCACUGUAUCCGGUAUACAGGUAAGAUACCUCAAGAUUGUGGAAAAAUCGGGAUAUCAGCUGCCAUGGUGCAGGUAUAUUUGUCAAAAUGGAGACGACUAUGUGCUUCGAACUAUCAGUGACGCCAAUGCGACUGGAGUAAUACCACUCUGA